UUUUUUUCUUUGUCCCAGUCCCCUCAUCAUCUGCUGCUCAUGUCCGCCCGUGUGUUAGGGGUAUUAUAACGGCCUCUCUCCCCCUCUCUUUCUCUCUUCUCCGCACAAUCCAUACAUCUAAUCCUGCCCCCAUUGCAGUCUGUGCCAAUAGACCUGUAUAAGCCCCAUAGAAUCAGCUAUCUUUACUUUCUUAAUCUUUUUUCGUCUCUUCUUUCUUGCCACUUUCCACACACAAGCUCCCGAAUUAACCACCAAAAUCAUGAAAGCCAAAUCGGAAAACGAGUCUCAGAUCUCUGUCUCAAGCACUGGCAGCAACCGGCAGGUUGAUAUCUUCGUUCAGUUCUCAGGAUACAAGAACUGGUUCAAGUUCUUCGCAGAGCGCGUCGCACUCUUUGUAUACCUAUUAACCGCUGCUGGAUAUGUUUUGACCGCCAACUAUGCCCUAUCUGAUGGAUCGAAAAGUCUUCCCUUGCGACCAUUCUUCUGGACCAUGGUCAUCGAGGCCUUCUUCCUGAUCACGCUCAGGGUCAUGGACGACUUGAAGGACGUUGACACAGAUAUUCUCGCUCACCCAGAACGUCCUUUGCCUCGAGGAUUGGUCACUGCCCGCGAAGCCAAUGUCGUCGUCCAUAUACUCGUAUCGAUCCUGAUCAUCAACGGAAUCGCACUCGCGCUCGUCGAGAACCUCGCCUGCGGUCUUCUCUGCAUCGCCACGACCUUGUACUACUAUGCUAUGUUCAAAGAGUUUGGAUGUGGUCACUGGCUGAGCGCUCGUCCCAUCCUGUAUGUGAUCACCCACCAGCUUGUUGUCCUUCUCAUGAUCCUCUUCCCAGUCGCUGCUUUCCAUGGCGCCUCGUCACUCAAGUCGAUCCUCUGCUGGCAUGCGGCCUUGUUGCAGUUCGGCGGCUCUUUCACUUUUGAGGUCUGCCGCAAGUUGGACCCAACUGCUCAUGUGGCCUUGGGAACAUACUUAAUCGCCUAUGGCAAGUUCAAGACAUUCCUGAUGAUCUUGUUUGCGGUCGUCAUUGGCGCCUGGGCUUCGUAUAUCAUGGCAGUCGAGAUUAUCAUGUGGCCUUUCCUCGGAUUCCUCCUCUUGAGUGUCCUGGUCCUCUUCUGGAAGCAGCGUACUCCUGGAACGCCUCUGACUGAGGGCGAACCUGCUCCCAAGGGACACAAGACGGUCGAGUUGAUUUGCACCCUCAUCACACUUUUGACCAUGUAUAUCGUACCCAUCAAAGUGUGGAGUGGAGUCCCAGAGACCGCCAUGCGCACAUUCCAAUAAUCUCCAUGUAUUUCUUAGCUAAUAAUAAAUUAUUCUUGUG